UUGGAAGGAAGAGGCGUGAAUCACUUUUUAUUAGAGCGGGGCAGCCGAGGAAUGAAAACCGCGCAUCGAGCCAAUUGAAAACAAACAAACCAAAAAAGCCAGCCUUGUUCUUGCUUCGCGCAGUCUCCAAAAGACAGGGCCAUGGAGGUGGCAGCAGCGGGCCAGGCAGUGUCAAAGGGUCUGGGCAAGAGCGGAGCGUCUGCAAGGAAAUUGAAGCAUCCCAACAACAGCCUCUACCGAAAGUCCAUCAAGCCACUGAUGGAGAAACGCCGUAGGGCCCGCAUUAAUGCAAGCCUAGAGCAGCUGCGGAAGCUCCUUCAGCAGCUCCCUGAUCAACAGAACGCCAGAGCCUCAUCGCGUUUGGAGAAGGCAGAGAUUCUGGAGACGACGGUGCAGCAGCUGCGCAGGCUGAAGAAGCAAGGUGCAGUUGCUGCUUCCAUUCCGCAAGACAGUCAAGAUUUUGUUUCUGGUUACUGCCACUGCGUCAAUACCAUCUGUACCUUCCUUAACUCAGCUGGCUCCUCUUUGGCACAGGAGAUGAAAUCUCAGAUCCUACAACAUUUGGAAAAGACUUCAGGGCCCAGGUCUACCAUUACACCAGCCCUCAAAGCCUGGCAACCAGGCAAGGCAGACUCUCUCCCCUCCCACCAACCUUCCUUUCUAUGGGCAUCUCCUCUAACGCCUGCAGGGCCUCCUUUGGAUUCAGACUCCCAAACUCUCGCAGUUGGGUCUUGGUUGCAGUUUUCAGCUUCUACGCUUUUGCCCCAGCUACAGAAACCUUGGAUUCAGCCAGACUUGCUUGCUACAACCACCCGCGUGUGGAGACCGUGGUGAAUGACGUUCUGGAAAAGUAAC